AUGCUCACCACACUACGCACUACUGUACGACUCACUGCGAGGACUGUCCUAGUCGCCAUGGCCUCCCUCUGGCUCGUACUGUUCCUCUGGACAGCGUGUCUAGCCUACUUCAUAGGCAAAAGCAAAACUAUCUCUCGCCUUGCAGGACGGCUUUUUGCCCACGGCAUCGACCGCCAGUACCAGCUCAUACUGGUCAGCGAUUAUCACGCCAUGCUCUCCCUCGUGCUGCCGCUGGCACAGUCCCUGGUGACAGGACGAUCUCGGGUCAGGGAGCAAAACGGGCAACAGAUUGACAGGCCUAGCCUGGUAGCGUUAUAUGGCAUGCUCACGGGACGGUUCAUCGAGAUGCAGAUGCUGGCCCGGGAUCCUGUCGAGUGCGGUGUCGCUUGCAAGUCUGAGCAUCAGGAAUGA